UACACAUGUGUCAUGGUGGUGCACGCUUCCGCUCGGUGGCUCCCGUCCCCUCCGAGCCCUGCGAUCUACAUUCGUGUCGCAGAACGCCCGCGUCCACCGACUAUCUCCAAGACUCCUGACUAUCCCGUGUAUGUGCCUGGAGAAUCCAUCAUCCUCACGUGCGCAAGUUCACGACGAGAUACGGCGGGGAGGUUUCAGCUGAGGAAAUCCUCCAACCUUCUCACCAACAGCACGGGAAAUCACACGACCUUCACCCACCGCAUCACAGAAUUAAGGGCAGACAUAGACAGCACCUACACCUGUGUCAUGUUGGUGCACGUCUCCGCUCGGUGGCUCCCGUCGCUUCCAAGCCCAGUGGUCCAUAUACGUGUCACAGAACGUCCGCCGCCGCCGAAUAUCUCAAAGAUUCCUGACUAUCCCGUGUACCUGCCUGGGGAAUCCGUCACUAUCACGUGCGCUAGUUCACGGCGGGACACGGCGGGGAGGUUUCAGUUGAGAAAAGACUCCAACCUUCUCACAAGCAGCACGGGAAAUCACACAAACUUCAACCACCGUGUCACAGAGUUAAGGGCAGACAUGGACAGCACCUACACUUGCGUCAUGUUGGUGCACGUAUCCGCUCGGUGGCUCCCGUCCCCUCCAAGCCCAGCGGUCCAUAUCCGUGUCACAGAACUUCCGCAGCCACCGACCAUCUCCAAGACUCCUGACUAUCCCGUGUACGUGCCUGGGGAAUCCGUCAACAUCACGUGCGCCAGUUCACAGCGGGACACGGCGGGGAGGUUUCAGCUGAGGAAAGACUCCAACCUUCUCACCAGCAGCACGGGAAGUCACACGACCUUCACCCACCGCAUCACAGACUUAAGGGCAGACGUGGAUAACAACUACACCUGUGUCAUGUUGGUGCACGCCUACGCUCGGUGGCUCUCGUCACCUCCGAGCCCUGGGAUCCACAUUCGUGCCACAGAACUUCCGCCGCCACCGACUAUCUCCAAGACUCCUGACUAUCCCGUGUACGUGCCUGGAGAAUCCGUCACCAUCACGUGCGCUAGUUCACGGCGGGACACGGCGGGGAUGUUUCAGUUGAGAAAAGACUCCAACCUUCUCACAAGCAGCACGGGAAAUGACACGACCUUCAACCACCGGAUCACAGAAUUAAGGGCAGACGUGGACAACACCUACACAUGUGUCAUGUUGGUACACGCUUCCGCUCGGUGGCUGCCGUCCCCUCCGAGCCCUGCGAUCUGCAUUCGUGUCGCAGAACGCCCGCGUCCACCGACUAUCUCCAAGACUCCUGACUAUCCCGUGUAUGUGCCUGGAGAAUCCAUCAUCCUCACGUGCGCUAGUUCACGACGAGACACGGCGGGGAGGUUUCAGUUGAGGAAAUCCUCCAACCUUCUCACCAACAGCACGGGAAAUCACACGGCCUUCACCCACCGCAUCACAGAAUUAAGGGCAGACAUGGACAGCACCUACACCUGUGUCAUGUUGGUGCACGUCUCCGCUCGGUGGCUCCCGUCCCUUCCAAGCCCAGCGGUCCAUAUACGUGUCACAGAACGUCCGCCGCCGCCGAAUAUCACAAAGAUUCCUGACUAUCCCGCGUACCUGCCUGGGGAAUACGUUACUAUCACGUGCACUAGUUCACGGCGGGACACGGCGGGGAGGUUUCAGUUGAGAAAAGACUCCAACCUUCUCACAAGCAGCACGGGAAAUCACACAAACUUCAACCACCGUGUCACAGAGUUAAGGGCAGACAUGGACAGCACCUACACUUGCGUCAUGUUGGUGCACGUAUCCGCUCGGUGGCUCCCGUCCCCUCCAAGCCCAGCGGUCCAUAUACGUGUCACAGAACUUCCGCAGCCACCGACCAUCUCCAAGACUCCUGACUAUCCCGUGUACGUGCCUGGGGAAUCCGUCAACAUCACGUGCGCCAGUUCACAGCGGGACACGGCGGGGAGGUUUCAGCUGAAGAAAGACUCCAACCUUCUCACCAGCAGCACGGGAAGUCACACGACCUUCACCCACCGCAUCACAGACUUAAGGGCAGACGUGGAUAACAACUACACCUGUGUCAUGUUGGUGCACGCCUACGCUCGGUGGCUCUCGUCACCUCCGAGCGCUGGGAUCCACAUUCGUGCCACAGAACUUCCGCCGCCACCGACUAUCUCCAAGACUCCUGAAUAUCCCGUGUACGUGCCUGGAGAAUCCGUCACCAUCACGUGCGCUAGUUCACGGCGGGACACGGCGGUGAUGUUUCAGUUGAGAAAAGACUCCAACCUUCUCACAAGCAGCACGGGAAAUGACACGACCUUCACCCACCGCAUCACAGAAUUAAGGACAGAUAUGGACAGCACCUACACCUGUGUCAUGUUGGUGCACGUCUCCGCUCGUUGGCUCCCGUCCCUUCCAAGCCCAGUGGUCCAUAUACGUGUUACAGGUUAGUCACACACGCCAUCGUCGUGGGAUUUAUUCAGAGGGGGAUUAUAGUGCUUAGUGUGAUGGAUCUCGGAAACAAACCUGGGUAGUUUAAUCCAGACUGCUUUCAUUUAGAUUAGUUGAGUUUACUUCUGUUGUGUUUAGUUUUGUUCAGCUCACAGUUUCUGCGGCUUAGUUUUGUAUGUUCCAGCUUAAUUUAAUCCAGUUUAGUUUACUUCAGUGUAAUUUAGUUUAGUUCAGCUCACUUUCUGUUGCGAUGCGAUACAAUAGAUCCUUGAGUAUUGAGUAAUGAGGAAGGGUUAGUUAGCAAUGUUGUUGUACGUGCCCCCUUGGGCAAGAGUGACCAUAAUAUGGUUGAGUUCUUCAUUAGGAUGGAGAGUGACAUUGUUAAUUCAGAAACAAUGGUUCUGAACAUAAAGACAGGUAACUUUGAGGGUAUGAGACGUGAAUUGGCCAAGAUUGACUGGCAAUUAAUUCUAAAAGGGUUGACAGUGGAUAUGCAAUGGAAGACAUUUAAAGACUGCAUGGAUGAACUACAAAAAUUGUUCAUCCCAGUUUGGCAAAAGAAUGAAUCAGGGAAGUUAGUACAUCCAUGGAUAACAAGGGAAAUCAGGGAUAGUAUCAAAGCGAAGGAUGAUGCGUACAAAUUAGCCAGAAAAAGCAGCAUACCGGAGGACUGGGAGAAAUUCAAAGACCAGCAGAGGAGGACAAAGGGCUUAAUUAGGAAAGGAAAAAUAGAUUAUGAAAGAAAACUGGCAGGGAACAUAAAAACUGACUGCAAAAGUUUUUGUAGAUAUGUGAAAAGAAAGAGACUAGUUAAAACAAAUGUAGGUCCCUUGCAGUCAGAAACAGAUGAGUUGAUCAUGGGGAACAAGGAUAUGGCGGACCAAUUGAAUAACUACUUUGGUUCCGUCUUCACUAAGGAAGACAUAAAUAAUUUGCCGGAAAUAGCAGGGGACCGUGGGUCAAAGGAGUUGGAGGAAUUGAGUGAAAUCCAGGUUAGCCGGGAAGUGGUGUUGGGUAAAUUGAAUGGAUUAAAGGCCGAUAAAUCCCCAGGGCCAGAUAUGCUGCAUCCCAGAGUACUUAAGGAAGUAGCUCCAGAAAUAGUGGAUGCAUUAGUAAUAAUCUUUCAAAACUCUUUAGAUUCUGCAGUAGUUCCUGAAGAUUGGCGGGUAGCAAACGCAACCCCACAUUUAAGAAGGGAGGGAUAGAGAAAAUGGGGAAUUGCGGAACAGUUAAUUUAACAUCAGUAGUGGAGAAAUUGCUAAAGUCAGUUAUUAAAGAUGGGAUAGCAGCACAUUUGGAAAGUGGUGAAAUCAUUGGACAACGUCAGCGUGGAUUUACGAAAGGUAAAUCAUGUCUGACGAAUCUUAUAGAAUUUUUCGAGGAUGUAACUAGUAGCGUGGAUAGGGGAGAACCAGUGGAUGUGGUGUAUCUGGACUUCCAGAAGGCUUUCGGCAAGGUCCCACAUAAGAGAUUAGUAUACAAACUUAAAGCACAAUGUAUUGGGGGUUCAGUAUUGAUGUGGAUAGAGAACUGGCUGGCAAACAGGAAGCAAAGAGUAGGAGUAAACGGGUCCUUUUCACAAUGGCAGGCAGUGACUAGUGGGGUAUCCAAAGGCUCAGUACUGGGACCCCAGCUAUUUACAAUAUAUAUUAAUGAUCUGGAUGAGGGAAUUGAAGGCAAUAUCUCCAAGUUUGCGGAUGACACUAAGCUGGGGGGCAGUGUUAGCUGUGAGGAGGAUGCUAGGAGACUGCAAGUUGACUUGGAUAGGCUGGGUGAGUGGGCAAAUGUUUGGCAGAUGCAGUAUUAUGUGGAUAUAUGUGAGGUUAUCCAUUUUGGUGGCAAAAACGGGAAAGCAGACUAUUAUCUAAAUGGUGGCCGAUUGGGAAAGGGGGAGAUGCAGCGAGACCUGGGUGUCAUGGUACACCAGUCAUUGAAGGUAGGCAUGCAGGUGCAGCAGGCAGUAAAGAAAGUUAUGUUAUGUUAGCUUUCAUUGCAAAAUGAUUUGAGUAUAGGAGCAGGGAGGUUCUACUGCAGUUGUACAGGGUCUUGGUGAGACCACACCUGGAGUAUUGCGUACAGUUUUGGUCUCCAAAUCUGAGGAAGGACAUUAUUGCCAUAGAGGAAGUGCAGAGACGGUUCACAAGACUGAUUCCUGGUAUGUCAGGACUGUCUUAUGAAGAAAGACUGGAUAGACUUGGUUUAUACUCGAUAGAAAUUAGAAGAUUGAGAGGGGAUCUUAUAGAAACUUACAAAAUUCUUAAGGGGUUGGACAGGCUAGAUGCAGGAAGAUUGUUCCCGAUGUUGGGGAAGUCCAGGACAAGGGGUCACAGCUUAAGGAUAAGGUGGAAAUCCUUUAAAACCGAGAUGAGAAGAACUUUUUUCACACAGAGAGUGACGAAUCUCUGGAACUCUCUGCCACAGAGGGUAGUUGAGGCCAGUUCAUUGGCUAUAUUUAAGAGGGAGUUAGAUGUGGCCCUUGUGGCUAAGGGGAUCAGGGGGUAUGGAGAGAAGGCAGGUACGGGAUACUGAGUUGGAUGAUCAGCCAUGAUCAUGUUGAAUGGCGGUGCAGGCUCGAAGGGCCGAAUGGCCUACUCCUGCACCUAAUUUCUAUGUUUCUAUGUCUC